AUGUCAGGAAAGACCUCCUCUGAGAAUUCAUAUGGAUCAGUCACCAGAUCAUCUCCUUCUUGGUGUCGUACAUAUGGAGUGGGAGUUGUGACAUCUUUCAUUGUUGCAUCCUUUUCAUUCGGAAUGGCUGCAUGGGGAUUUUACAUUUAUGGAAAGAAUAUCAACAAAAUGAUCGAUACAGACACCUGCAUGGCCCAAACCAUACUCAAUCUACUUCUCUCCUUCUGUGUUGUGACUUGUGUUGGAGCAUUGUGUUGCAUUUUCGCUGUCAUUCUUUCAAUUUUUGAUGCUUGUGCUUUCCAAAUUUCCCAAAAUGGAAAAGAAGGUUCUGCCACGAGUAGUAGUGGCAACAACAACAACAUUCGACCUUGUUUUACCAUUUCCAAGAUUUGUGUGGCAAUACUUGGAUGGCCCAUGAUUGGUCUCUUGAUUGCCAUUGCAGUGAUGACCUAUUCUAAAAAGUGUAAAACAGAAGCACGAGAUCUGUAUUCCAUGCUUCAUGUUUUUCUAAUUACACAAUUGGUAACCAUUCCAGUGGUGCUUGUGUUGGCAAUGUGUGUAUCGUGUUGUGCUCAGUGUUGUUGCUCUGAUCAUGUGAGGAAUGGAAACAACAAUCAUUAUAAGGCAAACUCUGACUCGAAGAAUGAGUACUUGUUGCUGUCAGAUAGCAGACAUGAAGUGAUUGGUGGAGAUUAUGAAUAA